AUGACGUUCCAAACUCCACCCCCACCAACAACCAUCUUCGAACUCUCCUUCCCCAGUCCGGGAGUUCUGCUCGCGACAAUCAACCGUGAGAAGCGCAUGAACUCGAUCCCUUUACGAGGUCACCAUGAAGGAACUGCUCUCUGGAACUGGCUUGACAAUGAGCCAUCAAUGCGGGUAGGAAUCAUCAACGGCAAGGGACCUAAGGCCUUUUGCGCUGGCGCCGAUCUUAUCGAGCAGCGUGAUAUCAGCCGAGGUGACGAGGCCAGACCUGAAAAGGGUGCGGAAGGCGGCUUUGCAGGAUUGAGUCAACGACGAGGAAAGAAGCCAGUCAUCGCUGCAGUCAAUGGGCUGGCACUGGGAGGUGGAUUCGAAAUCUGUCUGAACUGUGACCUGAUCGUUGCCUCCCCCAAGGCUGAGUUUGGUCUACCCGAAGUUCUUCGCGGCCUAUACGCUGGAGCCGGUGGACUGUCACGUAUUGUCCGCGACUGUGGAAUGCGGAUUGGUAGUGAACUGGCAUUGACUGGACGCCGAGUACCUGCAGAAGAGGCCCUGAGGCUGAGAUUGAUUAAUCGUAUUGCCAAAUCCCCAGAGUCUGUCUUAGAUGAAGCCCUGGAGCUCGCGAAAGAGAUCGCUAGCAAAUCCCCUGACGCGAUUAUUGUCUCUCGGUCGGGCCUCCGCGAAUCAUGGGAAACGGCGAGCACAAUAGAAGCCGACAAGAUCACGGCAGAACGUUAUGGCAGGGCCUUGCUGAGUUCGGAGAACCUGAGGAUUGGUCUUGAGGCUUUUGUAGCUAAGAAGCAGCCGCAAUGGGUGGCCUCCAAACUCUAG